AUGACGCACAAACCAGAAACGAUCGGAACCCCAGUGUUUUCAACGACGCCAUCAUUGACAAUAAAUACGGGUAACAAUGCCUCCUCUGCUACGAAUACCUGCAAUGUUUUGUCGCAACGUGUGGCUUGCACUCAUGGCGUUGACUUGCCUCCAUCGACAGCAUGGCAGAGAUGGCACCAUAGUAGCGAGGCGAGUUUACAGCAUGUGCGAGAGGAUGCGUCCAGGCAUGGCAACGGUAGCGACAAUGAUAGUCACGACGGCAAGAGCGGGGGGAGCUGUUUGCCGGGCCUUUGUGAAUGUCAAUCCGUGGCGUAUCAACAGGAAACGGAAGCGACAGCACCUGAAGCGUCUCCUCACAUCGCUCCCCUGGUGUUGGUCGAUCAACAACAACAUGAGGGCGGGAUGGAACGGGAAAAUGUACGGCGCGUGUUGGGUAGACCGGACUGUUCUGAGGUGGGGUUAGCACCACAGCCGCCUAUUGCUGUCAGCAAAGUCUCGACGCCUCGUUCCUUUGCAUUUCUGCAAUUUGUUGUGGAUGGGAAGCCCUAUUCAAUGCCCCCAGUGUAUUCCCCCAGGAGUUAUAAGUCGGAAGUUGUCUCCAUGAUUCAUGCGGAAGCAGAAGCAUCCCGUGAAUAUCGCACUGUCGGAAAUUCCGUGCUUGUCACUGCAGGGUACUCGGGCGUUCAUCCCGAGACCAUAUCCUACAGCGGCCAACCUCAUGAACCAGGAGAGUUUUUGCCAUUGCCAAAGGAAUCCAUGGGCAAGACCAGUUUCAAAUGUACCCCACGACAUUGGCGGGCAAACCCCCAUCCAUCGGAAGAGGCGAAGGGUGAUGUAGGCGAAAACUUAACGCCGGAGUGCGCUGCCUGUAAAACGUCGUUUUUAUCCCCACUGUCCUCAGUCGCAGCGUUCCCGCAAGGUGAAGGUGCCUGUGACAAGCUUCUGGCUAGCCGUACCUCUCCCCGAUGUGUGAAGAUGCAUGGCAAGGGUGGCGGUAAGGAAGAUACGGCAGAGAUGGAAGAGAAAAUGGAAAAAGGUGUUUUCAUGACAACAUCCCUUUUGCCUGGUACUUCCAGUGAUUUCUUUUGUCGCGGCAAACAACCACCUGACAAGGGGGUUGAGUAUGGCGAACGGAUUCUUCAAAGUUGUGAGGAAGCAAUCGAUACCACUACACAGAAGCUGUCUUCUCAGCCCCAGAAGGAAACAAUUGACUCUGGACGAAAUCCCUUGGAGAAAACAUGGGUUACCUCGACUAAUGAGAUGGAUACGGGUAAUUCACAGUGCUUAGUAGAUCAUAGUGUAGAUUCUUCCAUGAACAUGCUUUUUCACUUUUCGGUGUCCUCAAUGGGGGCGAUGAGGCUCGCAACAUACUCCAUGGGAGCCUCACAAGGCGUAGUAGUAGGAGGUGGAGGAGGUGGUGGUGGUGGUGUAGGUGGUGGUGGUGGACAUCAUGUAUGUUCAUUCCACGCGCAAUCGAAAUCGUGUGUUCUUUCCGAGGAGAAGCCUUGCUGUUGUCUAACUGGAAAAAACGUGAGCCUUAACGGGCUUUACAUGCGAACCACCCACGCCAACAACAACAUGGAGGGGUCGGUUCAUGAGGAAGAGCCCGCGGCGGCUGUGACGGCUGCGGCUCCAGCCAACACAUCCCCCAGCCUGACACUGGAUGCCUCCAUGGACGCUUUGUUUCAGGUUUUAGACGUUCCACCGGAGUUGCGUCUGCAGCCGGAGGGUUUGAUGGAUGUGGCAAGGUUCUCGUUACCAUUGCCGGUGACCCCUCCAGUUGCGACCGGCCCGCUGAGCUUCACUGUUCGCUCAGAUAUAUUUCCAGCUAUCCCGGCACGCGAUGCCACCCGAAACGAGGAUGACCCUUUAAACAUGACCAGCAACAAUGAGGAGGGAACCUCUAUUUGUGGUAGCGGCGCCAACUUUCGGCCGCUGUGGUUCAGUCCUCCCCACCGCCUUAUGGAGCGCAUGGGCAAUGGGGCGACUGGUGUGAAUUCCGUCUCUGGUGACGACCCGUCUUCAGCGCUGUGCCUUCACAGUCCCUCCGUGCUAUUCACGGAGCGGAGGUGUGGUCAACGUGGUAGAGGUGUCAGCCACUGGUCCCCACGUCUGCCAGAGUGGUGUGCCCGGCAUCCUCACAAUGAACAGGAAAGGCACGAGGUCUCAGAUUCUUUAAAAUCUCCAAUGAAAACAGAUGUCAUGGCGCGUUCGAACGGGACGGUGGAAAUUCUUCUGCGCAGUAGUCGCUAUGCGCCAGGUGGCAGCGGUACUUUGGCGAGCAACAACUCCUUAAGGAGGCAGGCGGCGUAUCCUCAUUCCGGAGACGGUGGUACCUUUCAACUACCCACCUUUAGGAGCUUCUCUUAUGAAUAG